GUCACGGCUUCGAAACGUAAAUACUUUGGGCAAAAUGGAUUGACAGUGUUAUAAUAAGUAAACAACGGGAGGCCGAAAGAACAGGGAUUUCUGGUCUAAUUCGUCGAAGAACAAGACCAGAAUAUAACUUCGGCAGGGCAAAGAACUCAAAUACACUAUAGAUUAUCUUAAAUUACGCGUAUUCGAACGUUUACAUUUUCAAGAUGAUGGUCUCACAGAGAACUCGUAGGACCCGGGAGUUCACCGGACCUACCCCACACUCCGUCGCUAUCCGAGCAAGGGCACCAAAUGUCCGUCCCCCAGAGCACCUCAUCCUUGAGAGGAGGAAGAAGGAAGAAAUGCUUCAAGAAUAUAAGAAAAAUACACAGUACAUGGAAUUUAAUGAUCUGAAAAAUGAAUGGGAACGAUUUACAGACAAGAAAAUCAAGAUCAACACUGCCAUGAGAAGAGUUGAUGGCCUGAUGUUGGCUAACCAAUUCAAUAUACAAGAUAGACGGGAAAGGUUACGGCAAAUGCUACAACAAGAGGAAGCUGCAUAUUUACAUGAAAUGGAAGAAAAGGAAGAAACAGUAUUAGAAAGACAGGCCAAAAUGAGAGAGCGUGCAAAAUACUUAAAGGACAGACGUGAGUCAGAGCGGCUGGACUAUGUACAAGAAAAAUAUGAUCAACAGUUCAGGAACCAAUGUGAGGAACUACGGUCAACAUUGUCCAAACGACAACAGGAUGAGGUUUGUGCUGAGAGAUUGGAGCAGCUCAAAAUCAAGGACGAGAUGGAUAGAGAGAAGAUGGAAGAGGAUAAAAUGUAUGCCAGGCUAUGGGAGGAAGAUAGACUGAAGAAGGCAGAUAGGGAGGAACGUGAUGCUAAGGCAGCACAUGAGAGAAAUAUUGAAGUACUUAGUACUCUAAGGACACAGAUGGCUGCUCUGGAAGAGAAGAAAGAAACAGCCUUGAGACUGAAGGAAGAGGAAGCACAGUUGCUGAGAGAACAGGCAGCUCUAAGACAGUUAGAAGAACAACGGAAUCGUGAGGAGAAGAUCCGCUUACAACAGGAAACACGGGACAUGUUAGAUUUGUCUCUAAAACUGAAGAUGAAGAAGAAGGCCAAGGCAGAACAGGAACAGUUGGCCUUUGACCUCAAGAUCCUUGAACAACUUUUGGAGGAGUCAAGGAAUGAGGCCAUGGAACAGCUGCAAAGAAAGCGAGAACUGCGAGAGGAGGAUAAACGUUAUCGUGAAUAUUUGCGUAACUUGAUGGAGGAAGAAAAGGUGAAGGAGGUCGAACUUGAGCGUCUCAUCAAUGAGGAGGUGGAGAAAAUGUGGCAAAAACGUCUUGACCAAUGGAGAUUGGAGAGGAAGGCGCGUAAAAAGUUAAUGGAGGAUGUCCUCAACGUUAGAGCUCAACAAAUCCAAGAAAGAUUAAUGGCUAAUGACAGAAAACAGAGGGAAGCAGAAAUUGAACGACAAGAACUUCUACGAACAAUCGAGGAAAAUAAGGUUCUUGAACAACAGAAGAUGGAGAAGAAUUGGAAUAAAAAUCGUGCAUACCAACAGGACCUUUCAGGCCAAAUUGCGUACAACAACCACCUUCGUGACCUUGAACUUCAAAGGGAAGAGGAGGAAUUUCUCCUGGGUAUGCAAGCAGAGCGUGAGUACCAGGCACGGCUCAUGGAUUGUCUGGACAGUCCAGAAUAUGAUAAACUUCAUCCAAUGCGGAGAGCAAUGGCAGCCCGGAGUGCCCAGCAAAACAAGCAGUGAUUGGCCAAAUCCUACAGUAGUCAGACAUAUGUUCUGAAUUAUCAGUCCGUUUUAAAGAUGGAAUUCUGUUGAAAAAUGUGGAAGGUUUUUUAAUUGUUAUACUUUCAAUCUUCUGUAGAGAAAAAAAUAUGAACUUGGCCAAUUUAACCUUUCUACAUGUAUCUCCAUACAUGGACAUCUGUUCUAUUUCAAAUGUAGGCUGCAAUCGAAAAAAGGAGAUUUUCUAUUACUGGUAAUAUCAGUAACAAUACACAAUUCUAAGGUACUGUACAAUGAAAUCUCAGGAAAUAAUACCGCGAUAGGGAGUGGCUCAAUAUAUUGAUAAUAAUUCUGUUUAUGUGUUGAUAAAUAAUGUUAAAAUUACUCUGUUAUUUAGAAAAUCAUGUAGAAUAAAGAACAGGAAACUUUGAUCUCUCAAAUCUAGUUCUCUAAUUUGGGAUUGGGUGGCUGGGAUUAUAUUAGGGGUCGAGAUGUAAACUGGUAACCUAUUAAGAACAUUCAAUAGUACCUAGUGUAAAAAAAAAAAAAAAUAUUUGAUGAGAAUUUUACAUUGAAUAUAAAAUAUGUGAUAAUCUCUAAAGACAUGAUAGCAUUAUUUGCUUACAAAUAUUUUAAUUCACAUUUGAUUUUGGCUGGUUCCCUAACACCUGUUAAUUUAAGUCAAUGUUAUUAAUUACUUAAUGAUAAAAGCUAGCUUGCCUAUCUUCUAUGUUUCAUUAUUGGUUAAUUUCUUGAUAUUGACCUGUAUUACCUGGUACACCGUUCCUGUAAAGCCUGAUAAUGUGACUAUCCAUGAAAAGUCAAAUGCUGCAAGGUAUUUGUUCAAUUAAGUGCAUUAAUGUACCAAGAAUUAUUCAUAAACACAAACCUAACUGUAGUUAUUUCCAACUUGUAUCUUUUAAUAAAAUCUAGUUUUACCUUGAGUUGGGUUAAGGGUGUAUGCUACAUUACACUUCAUACAUGUAUAUGUAGUUUGUUCAAGAGUAAUCUCCCUUAAUUUAAUUUUAUUAUCAUAACUUUAUUAAGGAAUUUCAUGUGUGCUUCAAUAUGUUUGUAGGAGAUACAUUGUAUAUGAGAUUAUACCAUGGAAUUCUUCAGGAAAAGGAGGUGUAUGUAUCAAAAUCAGAUUGCAUAUAGCCUUAAAUUAUCUUCACAGAUAAAAUGAAAUGUACUUGGUGGAUCUAAUAGCUAAUAAUGCUGUACUGUUUAAAUGCAUAUACAUUGUAUUUAUGCAAGAUAAACUUUCAAGUAAAUUUUCAAAUAGAAAAUAAAAUUUAUAAAAAGA